AGAAGAAGAAAAAGAAGAAGAAGAAAAAGACGAAGAAGAAAAAGACCAUGUUAUCCGAGAUACCAAUAAAAUAUGUUUAUUUAUUCAAAGUUGUUGCCAUUAAAAGCAUUGUGGGUUGCAGCCAGUAAACGGGAGUAGCUAUUAAAUUAAAGCGAUGCAAAGUGAGAAGACUUGACUUUCCUGGCGGUGUUGGGCAGCUUGUUAACGUUCUACAUCAUGUUCGGAGAGAUGUAUCCCUUCGUGGAGGACAGUUUUAGCCGCUUCCCCUCCCAGAGUAACAUUUAUGGACUGUGUCAGGCCGGGGAACAAGAGCUGCUCGCGGCUACACUCAAAGGGAAGGUUGUCAGCUUCACCUACCAAGAGCUGCAGCAAAAAAUUAGACCAGUGGCCAAAGAAGUUCAGUUCACCUACAUCCCAGUUGAUGCAGAGAUUGUGUCAAUCGAUGCAUUCAACAAGUCUUCACCCAAAAGUGGCCUUGUGGUGGGCAUCACAUUCAUCAAGGACUCUGGGGACAAAGCCACCCCAUUCCUGAAUAUCUACUGCGACUAUGAGCCUGGCUCCGAGUUCAACCUGGAGUCAAUUGCACAAAGUUGCCUAAAUCUGGAGUUGCAGUUCACACCCUUUCAGCUGUACAACACAGAAGUGCAGAGUGACGAUGGAGACAGAGAGACCGUGUUUCUGCUUAGUGGUCACGACCAGAGGAUCCACCUGUAUAAGGAGAAUGCCUCACUCCACCAGUUUGAAGAGCAGCCAGUCGAGAGACUCUUCCCAGAGCUACAGCAAUUGCCCAGCAAUGUUUUAUGGAUGGACAUGCUGUGCAUACCCGAUGGCCGGAGACUGUCUGCAUUUGGCUGCCAGAACGGCUGUGUUGGACUGGCUUUAGUCAAACAGUGGGAGCCAGAGGUUCUGCAGAGCUGGCGCGUUCAGUUUGACAGUCCAAUCUCCAUUGUGCUGCUUUUUCCUCUCUUCUGCCAAACAGAGCCUGAUAUGCCCGACGGAGAAAAAAGUUUUGGAGUUGAAGGCUACAACCUUCUAAUAACUAGCACAAUAGAGAUGGCGGUUGUCUACAGAAAUGUCCACGAGAGAGGCUUGUCCCACUCGUUAUGCCUCGCCGACAGUGACCAGUGGGAUGCUGUGCUUUGUGCUCUGGUUAUUGACCUGGAUUUUGAUGGCCAGAAGGAAGUGCUGCUGGGAACAUACGGACAGGAACUUCUCUGUUAUAAAUUCCAGUAUGGCACAGGAGGAGAAGAAGGACGCUUUGAGUUGUUGUGGCGACGGAGCUUCAAGAGUCCUUUGCUGUCAAUCAUCUACUUGGACUUGACUGGGGAUGGUUUGAGAGAGUUGGCUGUCCUCACGCUGAAGGGACUGCACAUCUUACAGCAUAGUCUCACCAGCACUGCUGAUCUGGUCUUGGAGCGUCUUGCCAGGAGGGUGGCAGCUCUGAGUGUUGACUCCAAGCCAAACUCAACUGAGGGUCGACAUACCCAUGAAAAGGAUAUUGCUAAGGAGGACAUCACUCUUCAUACAUCUGCAAAUUAACAAAAAGUGUUUUGGUGGUACAUUAAAAAAAAAAGUAUCAAUAUUA